UUGGCAAUUGCAAUGUCAUUGAAUCUGAGCUAACAUUUGUUGUUCUACAUAAACACAAAUUAGUACAAUUGUGUAUACAGACACUAUGGUGUGGAUAUAAUUGAAUAAACAUUGAUUAAUUAAAAUGCUUUUGAGUGCAAUACGUAUAGCAUUUUGUCCAUUGUCCAUCCUAGUAACCUACUCUGUAUAUUCAAACGAAAAUGAGUCACUGCGUCAUCGAAUAUAUACAUGUGUGUCGUUAACAAAAUAUAGUGAAAUUAUGCUUAUCAGUGCCAGUAUAGAAAAAUAUUUUGUUUAAGGAGCCGAUUAGUAUGUUUCCAAAGUGUUAGUUUUCCAUUUUUACACACCAUAUUCAAGAAUUACAUUUAGCUGCAUACGCACAAGUAAAUGUAGAUUAUGUCAGUUAGCGAUGCCGAUGAAAUACGAUCAGCUGCUGAAUUGCUGAUAACAAGCUCGAGACAACCAAUGUCGUAUCGGAGUACAAUGAGUGGGCCACUGUCCCCUAACUAUGAUAUGUCACGUACACAUUCCAUCAAUUUGAUCACCGAAGAAUUUCUUGGCGGUUAUAUGCAGGAUGGACGCAUGUCCGUUGUACGUCGGUUUUUCUGUCUCUUCGUGCUGUUCGAUCUGUUUUUCGUAUCGUUGUUGUGGUUAAUUUGCAUAAUGAUCACUGGCGACAAUAUAUUUCAAGCAUUUCAAAAACAAAUCGUUCAUUACACAUUUGGUACAUCGUUAUUCGAUGUAGUCGGUGCUGCCAUAUGCCGUUUUGUAGUUCUCACAUUUUUCUAUGCUUUAUUGUACAUAAAUCAUUGGAUUAUAAUUGCGUUAUCUACGAGCGGUUCGUGCCUAUUUUUAAUCUCCAAAGUGUUCGUUUACGAUUGGGUUGACUCGCGUCAACAGGUUUUCGAGGUGAUACUGAUAAUAACAUCAUUUGUCUUGGCUUGGGGAGAGGCUUGGUUUCUUGAUUGUCGCGUUAUACCACAAGAACGGCACGCACGUAGCUAUUUUUCGUCAAUAACAACUCCAGAACAACGUUCACCGAUGAUGGCACCAUUUUUGGCUUCCCAACCGGAUCGUAAUGUACCGGAGAGUAUUUUCUAUUCACCAUUGGAAACACUGCACAACAGUGAUGAUGACGACGACGAUGAACAGGAUGAAGAAUAUCAUCAAAUGGCCUUGGAUUGUGUGCGUAGAGCACAUGAGCUUUUCGAAUCAUCCGAUUGGAAAGUGGAAAAGGUGACCAGCAAAGGUGAUACUAUACGCAGUACGCAACGUGAUAAAUUGGGAAAAAUUUACCGUCUUACAGGACGCAUCAAGUAUCCACCCAAAGCAUUGAUGGAAGAACUUUUCUACAAAAUUGAAAGUGUACCCAAAUGGAAUCCGACAUUAUUAGAAUCGAAAAUUGUGCAUAAAAUCAACUCCUACACAGAUAUCACCUAUCAAGCCAGUGUUGGCGGUGGCGGUGGUAUGGUGAAGAGUCGCGAUUUCAUUAAUUUGCGUUGUUGGCGUCUCUUUCGUAAUGGCAAAAUGUGUGAAGAAUCCGAUAAUGAUGAUGGCAGCGAUAGCGGCAGUGAUACUGCUGGUCCGGCCAGCGUAUCGACCGUCUCGGAUGAUGACUCUGUAACGACUACACAGCCCAGCAGUGUCGAAAGUAAUCGUCCGAAAUUCUCCAGCAGCGGCAAUGUAAAGAGUAUGCGUGAAAGCGGGGGUGGUGAUGCUAGUGUAAAGGGUGGACCUGCCUUUAACACGUUAAGCAAAAGUUUGGGCGCUAAAGAUUUUAGCACAAUUGUGCGUAUUGAUGCGGAUGAGCCGCCACCAUUCGAAGAUGACACUUUCGAGGAUGCGCAUGAUAAUGUCGAUGAUUUGACGCGUCUCGUGCAAAAAGAGGCACGUGUCGGAAUGCAAACUGCGGCACAGGAAAGUGCAGAUACGGGCGAUGGAGCGGCUGUGAGUGGUGCGUUGGGGGCGAAAGGCAAAAAUCGUGUAUAUUUAAGUGCGGCCAUAAGUAUUGAUUAUGCGCCAGUGCCGCCUACAACGAAGUAUAUACGUGGCGAAAAUCUUGUGGCCGGUUUUGCUCUACAUGAGAUCGCUGGCAAAUCAGAUGCCUGCAUAUUCGAUUGGAUUUUGUGUUUGGACCUAAAGGGUUAUAUACCGCGUUAUGUGUUAGAAACUGCCUACACCACUUUCAUGAAUGAUUAUAUGAAAUAUUUGCGCAAAUAUGUAGCGGAAUUACGCACAAAACGUAAACGUGUGUCUAGGAAAUAGUCUAAGUUUCAUACGAUCGGUGUAUAGCUGCUAACAAAAGCGUGUAUUAUUUGAUAGUGAAUAGGUUUUUGUAGCGUUUGUUUCCAUUAUGUGUGUGUGGAACGUUUUUUUUU